AUGCAUACAUUGAAAGCAACCGCCGCGUCGUCGCUGUCGCUACCAGCCGAGACCUACAUCUACACGAUCGCGGCGUCGGCGCCUGGUAUUUUUGCCGCGAUUAGCUCGGAUGACUCGCUGCGUGUUUUUGAUGCUGCGACUCUCGAUCGUGUCUCGGUGAUCUCGAAUAAGACUCAUGAUGCCGGCGUUACUUCGCUAAGGAGUUAUGCGGCGGGUGAGUCGCAGCUCUUGGUGACUGGUGGUCGUGAGGGGAAGGUGAAGUUGUGGGAUGUGCGGGCUGGUAAUGCGGUUGUGGAGAUGGAAACGGCGAGACAUGCCCCCGUGCUUUCGGUGGCUUGCAAUCCAGAGAACAACACGAUCGUGGCAGGAACCGAACUUCUCUCCUCGCAGGCAGUAGUUGCAUUUUGGGAUAUUAGAUCUCCACAGGCACCAAGGCUGCAAUACGUGGAAAGCCACAACGACGAUAUCACAGAGCUUCAAUACCACCCGACUCGCAGCAACAUGUUACUAUCCGGCAGCACGGACGGACUCGUCAACGUCUACGACACGACAAUCGCAGACGAAGACGAAGCCCUCGUGCAAGUCAUCAACCACGGCUCCGUCCACCACGCAGGCUUCCUCUCCGAGCGCACCAUCUACGCCCUCAGCCACGACGAGCAAUUCUCCAUCCACGCGGCCACUGAUCCCGAUGAUUCUGCACAGGAGCCCGAACCCGUGCAUUUCGACGACGUCCGCGAGCCAUUGGGCUGCGAGUACGUCGUGCAGUUGUGUCUCGGUGCGCAGGGGCCGUACAUUGCGGCUGGUAAUAAGAUCGAUAAACGUUUGGAUUUGAUUCCGCUCGUGUCAACUCCGACAUGGCGGUUUGACCUAGAUAACCUCUGGCGUUUACCCGGCGCCCACGGCGAUGAGGUCGUACGAUCGGUCUACUUGGAUGAACAGAGUCAAUCCGUCUUUACUUGUGGUGAGGACGGCUUUGUGCGGGCCUGGAAACCGGUUGAUGGGGGUGACGAGGAUGUUCAGAAUCCGGCUGGAUCUGGAAAGAUUUCUCGGCCCAAGGACAAGAAGCAGAAGGAUCGGUUUAAACCGUAUUAG